AUGACUGUCUGUCGCUUUUGGCAGCAAGGAUACUGCCGCAAUGGAAAUGCUUGCAAGUUUGAACAUCCUCCAAAGGGGGGCCAGAACUACAAUCGCUUCGGCGCUUUGUCAGGGUCAGGUCAAGGCAUGGGCGGUCGCGUGUCAGAACCUCCCCACUACCCUGGUCUCUCUGAAGAUGCUAUCCAGAAAGAUCUGACCAGUGAGCUGCCGACGUGGAUCCUCUCUUGCUACGGUCCUGGCCGCGAUGCUCCCGAGCAGCUCUUCGGCGGUUACCCCCGCGAACAGAGUUUUGAGGAGAUCCGACUACACUUCUAUAAUGGCCUGAUGGCUGGAAACCCCCAGGGCGCUUUAAAUGAGAUUCAAGCAGCCUACCAGGCAGCCCAGCAGCAGAUACAAAAUACCCUACAAAACAUUCCUGCCGCUGUCCAGUUCAUCUUGGAUGCGGCCAACAAGCACCCGAAUCGGAUAGACAUUUGCAGAGAGUCGUCCAAGGGCAGCAGUACUGGCGGCAGCGUUUUUGGCAGGAACGUCAAUCCCUUCCAGCAAUCCUCAGCGGCACCGCUAAACCCAUUCGGCGCGCCUUCGACGCCAUCGACCAGCGCCUUUGGCCAACCCUCUCCCUUGGGCCAGAAGUCCAGUGCUUUUGGCACGCCGGCCUUCGGACAGCCAUCGCAGCCUGUCUCUGCUUUUGGCAAACCAUCGGCGCUUGGCGGUGGUUCUGCCUUUGGCAGCCCACAAACGGGUUCUACGUUUGGCCAACCCUCAGUACUCGGCGCUAAACCGAGCGCUUUCGGUCAGCCGGCGUUUGGCCAGCCUGCGUUCGGGCAGCCCGCAUUCGGACAGUCUGCAUUUGGCCAGCCGUCAGCACUAGGUCCUAAGCCGGGUGCUUUUGGGACAUCAGCUGGCAGCGCGUUCGGUGCUUCGACGACGACAGCGCCGAGUCCAUUCGGUGCGGCAGCGCAGGCGACACAACCGGCGAACCCUUUCGGCCAGCCUAGCCAACAAGCUGCCAACUCUUUUGGAAAGCCUGCGGCUCCGGCGUCUGCCUUCGGGCAGCCGUCUACUACUACUGCACAGAAUCCCUUCGGGCAGCCGAGCACACAAAGCAGUGCCUUUGGCCAGCAACAACCCCAGCAGGCUGGCACCUUCGGCAGUCCCAGCCUUUUCGGUCAACAGCAACAACAACCGUCCAAUGUUUUCGGCCAGCCAUCUACGACCUCUGCUUUUGGCAGCCAGGCCGCUACCAGUGGCUUCAGCCAGUUAGGCAACGCAACCAGCACCAUCGGCGCCAGCCCUGCCGGGGCGCAAGCCCCUGCUUCCAAGAGCCCCUAUCACCCUGGCUCUACCCGUCAGCAUCCCGACCUAUUAUCCUACGCGACCAAGAAUCCUGCCGGCGGGCUCGAUACCUUCAAGGGCAAGCCCGUCGUGUACGAGACGCCCAAGGGCGCUGCCAAGCCAGUGCCGCAUAUCAGGCAGUUUGAUGGGACGCUCGUCAGGAUCUGGAUGCCCGAUGGCGCGCCGGCGUAUACGGCUGAUACGGAGGCGGAGGAUCCAAAGGUGUAUGAGGAUGAGGGGGUUAAGAGGCAGUGGCAGAGUUUUCUGGAGAAGGGGAGGUUUGAGGGCGGGAUGCCAGAGGUGCCGCCGAGGAGGGAAUGGUGUGUUUGGGAUUUCUAG